AUGGCCGGUCUUGUACGUGCACGAGGCGACGCCACCAACGACCAUGAACAACGUCGUGGUGUAGAAGGGCAACUGCUAGUCGCCACAUAUGGGGUGCUUACGAAGAAGCGCUCGGAGUUAGGUUUGGGUCGGACAUGCGUACGCCUCUCAAUGAUUCAUGUAUUUCAUGUCUUGCCCGAACUGUCUCUAAUAGCAACCCGGGUUACUCGGGUUUGGGCAGGCCGAUUGAGACUGAUUUCCUGCGUAAGGACAGAUUUUAAAACACAUUUUCGUGUAGAAAAAGUAACAUUUGAACUGCUGGUUCAAGAUUUUGGACCGUUAUUGUAUUCGGAUCGAGGUCCUAACAUAAUAUCUCCCGACAAGAAAAUUGCAAUGACGUUAUGGUUUUUUGGUAAUCAGGAAGUUUAUAGAAGUAUAGCAGACCGAUUUGGUAUAUCCAAAGAUUCUGUAUGGAGAUCUGUUUUAAAAGUGUCAGAAACAUUGUCCGCAAAUGUACAGAAUUAUAUUAAAUGGCCCAACCCGGUUCAAAUGCAAAAUUCUCAACAAAAAUUUUUAGAUAUAGCUGGUUUACCGGGUGUGAUUGGUGCCAUUGAUGGAUGCCAUAUCCAGAUUAGUGCUCCCACAGAAAAUGCACAUAGUUAUAUAAACAGGAAAGGCUAUUAUUCUAUUCUUUUGCAAGGAAUCUGUGAUACUUCCUUAAAAUUUAUAGAUGUGUUUGCUGGCAUUUGUGGAAGUGUCCAUGAUUCCAGAGUUUGGAACAUGAGCGAUAUUAAACGUGAAAUAAUAGAAGAUGAUCAAAGAUACUUCCAAAAUUAUUAUUAUUUAAUUGCUGAUGCAGCAUAUCCGUUAACUAAUCGUAUGCUCACACCAUAUCGUGACAAUGGCCAUCUUCAACAAUGGCAAAUAGUUUAUAAUACUAAACAUUCCAAAACUCGUGUAGUUAUUGAACGAGCGUUUG